UCAAGUUGCCUAACUAAUUGUUAUAUCAUGGCUCUGCGAUUAACAACGUUACUGAGUCAAAGGCUGAGAUGUCAGAUGGUCAACUCAGUCCCCCUCAGUAAAAGAUACACUACGCGUAGUUUCUGCAACGUCGCCCGUCACCUUUCACAAGGAAGAACUCUGCUCACACACACAGAUGUGCCACACAGGAGAGUGCAGCGACAGUUGAGCCUUAUAAAUACGUGCAGAAGGACACGAUGUGCGUCACUAAAUGCAACCGUGAGAUCAUUUGCUUCCAUGCCCCCACCGCCCUCCUCUGGAAGGGACAGCCCAAACCAGAAGCGCGGACCAGUAACAUGGAAGUCGCUUGCAAUCACAUUUUCCAUUGGAGGUGGUCUUCUUCUGGCAAUGAAAUACUUCAAGAAAGAAAAAGAGGAUUCCAUUGAACGAGAGAGGACCAAGUCAAUUGGAAAACCAUCACUUGGUGGUCCAUUUUCCCUUGUUGACCACAACAAUAAACCAGUCAAAAGUGAAGAUUUCCUCGGCCAGUGGAUCCUCAUCUAUUUUGGGUUCACACAUUGUCCAGAUAUUUGUCCUGAUGAGCUGGAGAAAAUGAUAGAGGUCGUAGAUGAAAUCGACAGGAUAAAGUCUCUCCCAGACUUAACCCCCAUUCUCAUCACUAUUGAUCCUGACAGGGAUACUCCAGAGGCCAUGGCAGCAUAUGUGAAAGAAUUUUCCCCUAAAUUGAUUGGCUUAACGGGCACCACCGCUCAGGUCGACGAAGUUUCCAGAGCCUACAGAGUGUACUACAGCCAAGGCCCCAAAGACGAAGACAACGACUACAUUGUUGAUCACACUAUCAUAAUGUACCUGGUGGGUCCAGAUGGAGAAUUUGUGGAGUAUUAUGGACAGAACAAGAAAGCGUCAGAGAUCUCCUCCUCCAUUGCCUCAUACAUGAGAAAGUACCGGCAGACGAAGAAGACAUAGGAUAAAGCAUGACCAGCUCCCUAUCCUUAAAACACACACUUCUGUGUGCCUUCUACCCUGGUUUCAUUUUUGCACAGUAUGUCAUGGACUACUGAUAAAACACACUUCACUUCUUAGAAAGAUGGAAAUGUUAUGAGAGCGACUUAAAAGAGGAAAGAACCUGGCAACAUUCCUCAUUAUCAAACAUGAAUGGAGUGUUGGGGAAAACUUAAAAAUCAGGAUAUUGUGCCGUUUGCAAAAUAUUUGAUAAGUUGCUCGAUAUGGAGUGCU